UUUGAUUUAUGCAGCUUAGGCAGUCCAUGUGAUAUAUAAAGAGGCUGCCAGGCCAUAUUCCACCAAACACUGAGGUGUGUUUAAUGCUGAUAAACAUGGGGAAAAUCAUCUUCUAUGAGGAUAGGGACUUCCAAGGGCGUUCCCAUGAAUGUAAUAGUGACCAUAGUGACUUGCAGUCUUUUUUCAGUAGGUGUAAUUCAGCUCGAGUGUUAAAUGGUUGCUGGGUAAUUUAUGAGCGUCCAGGUUACUCCGGUUCUCAGUAUUACCUUAAACGCGGAGACUACUCAGACUAUCAAAACUGGAUGGGAUAUAAUGACUCCAUUAAGUCCUGCCGCAUAAUUCCUCAGUAUGGUGGUUCUUACAGAAUCAGGCUGCAUGAAAAAGAAGACUUUCAGGGAGAGAUGAUGGAAUUCAGUGAAGAUUGUCCUCACGUUUUUGAAAAAUUCCACCACCAUGAUAUUCAUUCUUGCAAAGUGCUUGAUGGAUACUGGAUAUUCUAUGAACAGCCCAACUACAGAGGACGCCAGUAUUACCUGAAACCUGGAGAUUAUAAAAGAUUCAGUAACUGGGGUGGAUUAAAUGGGAGAGUGAGUUCUUUCCGUCGUGUAAUUAAUGUCAUCUAGUUGAAUGUGUAAAUACAAAUAAAAAUAAUAACCGGCUACA